AUCUUUUUCCUCGCCCAGUGAUGGCAUUCCACGAUUGACUGCUUGUUCUCUUUCUCAACUCUUCCCUCGCCUUCCAUCUUGAUUAAGCUCCUGAAUAUCUACAGACUCACAGGGCAGAAGAUGUACAAGGCCUCCAUAGUUUCUACUGCCGCCAGUCACUCGUAUGCUGCUGAUUCCUCCUCUUGGAACUACUCUCUCUUUGAAUGGGUCAUUGCUCACGAUGCCUUAACUUCUCUUGGCCAAGAAAGCAGCUCUCCUGCACCCAGUAAGAGUUGCCUCUCCAGACGGUGGACACAGGUCGAGCAUGAUCGAUUCUUACAAGCUCUCGCCUUAUUCAGUCUACCAUCCACUGCAUCGUGCAAGGAGGGAGGGAAAGGCCUCGGGCUGGGUCGAGGCGUUGCAACUAAAAUAGCAGACUACGUAAUGACAAGGACAGAAGCGCAGGUGCGGUCGCAUGCACAAAAAUAUUUCAUGCAGCUGAAGGCAAUGCGAGACAACGACGUGAUGAUUGAUUAUGAAAACCAAUACUUGGUUCGUCAUCAGCUGUCGUGCGAAGAUCCGAGGAGGAGAGUAUCUAGAACUUAAAACUUCAGAGUUGCGGAAAUGCCUAUGUUCAAGAAUAUCUACCUGGCUUACCAACAUAAGAGGGCUGGCAAUUCACCAAAGCACAACGUGAGAAUGUCAGUUUCAAAGCUGCUGAGCGACAUCAUUGAAUCCAGCGCUCUCUCAGUCUUAUUUACAUAAAUUAUGCCAAUUU